AUGUCAGAGACAUCGCGUCCAUCACUGCCAACCUCAUCGUCGGACUUCGACCUCCCCUCGGCAUCGUCGCAUUCACCCAGCCCCGAUGGAACAGUCCCAUCACUCAUGCUGCGUCUGCGUAGACCGAGCCUGCUCGCCCCGAAAGCCUACUAUUCAGAGUCGCGGCUUCACAGUCCUCUUGCAAGCUCCUUCACUGUUCCAUUAUCUCGGAAAGGGAGCCAGGCUGGCACGUCAGAAGCGGAGUCCGAGAGUGAGCGGGAGAGGAUGUGGACCGACAGUUCAGUUUCGUCGGAAAACGUGACCCCGCCCCUGCCAUCCCUGAGCAAGUCGGAGUCCGACGUCAGCGCAGAGAAUGAGAAUCAUAUGAAAGGUACUCUGUCGCGCAGACCAUCAACGCCUCCGAGAGCCGUGGAUCUGCGAGAGCUAUCAAAGGGCUUGCACUUGCGUCGCCUAUCUCAACCGCUCAAGCAACCUCGCAUAUUAAGUUUGCAGGCGGAACCGAAGCCUGAGGAGACCGAAGUAAAGUCCGAAGCACAAUUCCAGCGUCUCCUUGCCUCCUGCUCUGUGAAUCCAACUCUGCCAAAGACGCCGAAAGGCACUUCAGACAGCGGAAGAUAUCCAGAGGAAGUCGGUGGAGACGAACUUCAGCGCGAGGAUACUCCGAGUGAUGAUGGCGACGAGGAUGCAACAUUUGCCUUCGCUCCGUCCUUGAGUGAACCGAUUUCCCUAUCUAAACCGACCACUCCUGCACACAGUAUAAACGGAGACGAGUUGUGGAUGGACAGUCCCGGGGCAGCCAUGGAUGUGGACAUGCCAUAUGGAUCUCCGUCCGUCAUCUCAAGUCUUUCGCAAUGGAGAUACACACCCCCUCCAACCACGAGUGCUAUGCGAACGAAUAAGAGAAAACUCGAUGACCGUUUCGAUCCAUAUCCUACAAGUGCGAAAAGACGUGCAGUGUCGCCCUCAAUCUCGCACUUGCGCGACCACCAGCCAAUGCUUUCGCCGAGCCUGGGGCACCGUUCCUCUGUAACACCAUCACGCACUCCCAUUCCCAUCCCGAUCUCUAUCCCGAACUCAAACACAAGCUCCAUGGCGUCUUCACCCGUCAUGUCCCAGCCCAUACCGAUUCCCCGGUCGAACGGCCUCGGCAGUGCCAGCAUUGCAUCUAGUCCUACUAUGCGUACUUCAAUGGCCUUGUCGAGUCCCAUCAUGAGAGCAAUGUCAAGGAGACGCGGAGAAGAAGACCGGCGGGAGGUUGACGGUGCUGGCGAGGGUGGCAGCUCCCUGCCCGAUACCACACACUCUACAGCAGAUGCUGGCAGUCCCCUCUCUACUGCCAUGGACAAGCAGGAUGGUCGCAUGAAGGCUUCACGCUCGAAGUCCAGAAACUCCCUCUUUUCUCGGAAAAAUCCCAAGAAAGACCCGGACGCUGUAUCGCCUGUGACGCCUGAGCAUCCAAGAGCGAGGGAAACCGAUUCCAGCAACCAGACGCUAGGAGAGAUGGAUAGAUAUGUUGCGGAAGGAUACCGGUCGCGGGGAGGAAAUACGUUUGCUAGCCUCUCAAUUAUGCCUGAGGAGCUCCCCGAACUGCCAGCUUGGUAUAAUCAAGAUCUGGAAUGGAUAGCAGCCUCUGCCAUACAAUUCCGGGUUAAGUUCCCUAUACACAAUCCCGUGGGCCCUAAAUACUACAAGAACUAUCAUCUCAUCCCUCCCUCCGAACUGGAACCGUCUAUGCGCCCUCCUUCCGUCUUUUCACCCUCAUUUCCCCCAAUGACGCCGCCUGAAGCCUCCGAGGACGCCGCCUGGGCCCCUGGGCCCAGCCGAACGCCGUCAGGCUCACCUUUGCCGACGCCCAACUCGUCGCAGGUGAGAAUUAAUGAAACCGGCAUGCGUGUCCGCACACGCAAGACGUCGCAAACCGCGCACGAUAACGUGGAUCUACUCGACGUGACAGAUCCAUGGGGUUCGCACUGGCACCACGAGUCUCCUUACGACGUGGGUAUGACCCCUAGUCCGGUCGCGGUGGAUGCCCCCGAGGGUCCUCUCAAGUCGCGGUCUCGUAUGUCGAGUAUGUCUACUGCCCCGACGCGCCAUCGAUCUGUCAUUCCUUCCCCUUUGUCUCAAUCGACUUCCGCGCUCCACCUCCAGCCUCCUGAAGCUAAUGGCAGUGUCGGGCGUAGGCUGAGUAAGCGUCGUAGACCAGGAAUCAAAAACUUCUUCGCAGGGAGUAAGGACGAUGACAACGAGGAGGCGCGCUUUGUAGUGUCUGCACCUGCUACGCCUGUCGACCAUCCUGCCCACGGGUCUUCCCAUUUGGUACCGCCCCCUGCGAAUGGGAACGCUCGUCUCGUGCGGAAACUGUCAAAGCGUGGGCCAAGCUUACCGGUCAAUCAGUCACCUUCGCCUACGCCGUCUGCGAGGCCACCGUCUGUCUCCACACACGAUACUAACAAGAAGCGGGGAAGUAUUUUUGGCGCUUUGGCGAAGCGAUUCACGGUUGUCCGGCGACAUCCGAACAGGAGGAGUAGCGUGGACGACUCCAAUCAUGGAGAGUUAUCUGCAAAGAACAACGGUAGUCCGCCACCUGAAAGACCUUUUAUGCAAGAGCGACGGAGUUCCGGUAUCAGCAAACGGGUUCCUCCUCCCUCGCUCGAAACGCCUCAUGACGUGCAAGGACCGGCAUCUUCUCCUCCUCCUGAGCCAGGGCACAGGCAGGAUGAGCAUGUUCAUAGCGACCGCGGGUCCGUCAUGGAGGCCCCUUAUUCUAUGGGCAAGUUGACUAUUGCGAACCCAGAUGCUAAUACGGCAAGCCCUGCUUCUCCUGCCCGGACAGAAGUCCCGCUACCUCCGGAGAAAGACGUGGUGGUAUCCCCUCGCCACGAUCAGCAACCAGCGACUGUAGGCCAGAUCCUUGAGCGGGAUGAAUUCGUCAGCGAACCCGAGCCAAUUCAGGAGACCGCGCAAGUACGCGAUAGCGCUCACGAGGUCGUUCAGGUUUCGCAAGUUGCUGAAACGCCAUCCCGUGCAGUCAUUGGUUCCCAUGAAUCGAGCUCGAAUAGUCGGAAGGAGGUCCUGGCACCCGCAUCUGCUCCCCACUCCCCAGCGAUAGUGCCUGUGUCCAUGGCACACCCUUCUUCGGGUAGACACGGCGACGCUCUUCUUCCUGCAGCCCAGACUCCCUCCAAGGUACGCGAAGGGCACCCGAUCAUAGUGCAUUCGCAUGAAGUUAGGCAGGAGGAGCAUAGACCUGCGUCUGCUGCAAAGCCAGAACCAGGGGCAGGGAGUUCGAGCCGGCCGCGGGUGCUGGAACAGGACGAAUAUCUCCCUCCACCUCCACCUAUAUCUACUUUACCGUUCAUCUCUACAGAUGAUUCGCCCCUUUCCAGAGCAUCCAUCAUUGCCAAUCCUCCGACGCCGCAAAUGCCGUCUAAUGCUGAGCUUCCUGAAAUACCGAAUACCCCAGGCGUAGUGCCUCAGGUAGUGGAGCCAAUUGCAUCGAGUAGCACGGGUAUGAAGUCUGCUGAGACUGUGCGUACUGCGACUCAACGGGACACAUCUCCGACAAAAGGGAAGGAGAAGUCUCCUACGAAGAGCAGGCAGACUGAGACGUUCAGGCUUGUCCGGAGCCCAUCCGGGACUGUUCACCCCGCCUCCGAAACUAUCAGGGCCGACGGAGAGAUGUGGGAAAUUGUAGAGACUAAUGAUACACCACAUAAGAGUCGCACGAAGGAACGGACGAGGUCCAGCGAACAGGAGCAUUUGGACCGCAAGUCGAGUCGUAAUCGUGAGCGGCAGGAGACGGUUGAUCAACGUCCCCGUGCAAGCGAGAGUCGAGAGCGGUACAAGUCAUCCAGCGGAAGACAGGACGUCUCUCCGAUCGUAGUUGCAGGCCCAUCGACGUCUCACAGUCGCGCUCGUAGUGUCGAAGGCUCUCGACGCCCGGCUAUCCCUGAACAACUCUUGAAUCAGAGGGAAGACCGUUCGCUAGGUGAGCGCCGGGAACGCCAUACUUCUCCCGACAAAAGGGUCUCCAAUGGGAGGCAUGCGUCGCCCACAGACGUUAGACCGCAUAAGCCUGCUCCUGGCAACAGCGGUGUACCCGAUGUACACAGGCGUCCUUCACAAUCGGUUCCUCGCCCGACGUCUGACGUGCAGUCGGUGGACGACUUCGAAAACUUUAGGGCACGGGAAGCUUGGGAGAUGGAUCGCUUAUAUAAGGGUAGGAGUUGGGACUUCGAUAGCCCGAAGGCAGUUUUGAGUCAAGCAACCCCCUCUGUACAUCGCGACAGCAGCAGACAAGGGCACGUAGGUCGGUCCCAGACUCUGCACAGUACGGGCCAUGGUUCCAGUCACACGUCCGUGGUCGUUCAGAACUCGUUCCAGGCGUCUGCAUCCUCGCCUGCUGUAUAUGCGGUGCCUCCCGCACCGAUUGUCUAUCCUGCGCAUGUCCAGUCUUCUCACCGCCGAUCCCCCAGCUAUGAUUAUCCUAAUAACUAUCGUUCUUACCAAGAUACCGUCUCUCCACCACGGCGGUCAUCAAACUCGAAUGCAAACCCCUUGCCUGAGCCCCCUCGUGAGGCUAAUUACCAACCCGCUCCUCUCCCGGCCGGCUUGUCUGAUGGUCCUGCAUCGCCCGAAUACUGGAACAAGUAUGCUGGAUUGACAGCCGCACAUUGA